GCGCCCCGCACCGACAUGGCGGCCGCCGCGAGUCGGCGCGCCGGGCGCAAGCCGGCCGUUGGUGGGCAUGCUCCCUGAGCGCCCGGCGCCGGCAUGGCGGCAGUGUGGCUGGGGUGACUUUAACUCGCGAUUUUUCGGUUAUAGACGGCCGGCGCUCACUUCUCUUGAGAAAGCUGGGAGCCCGUGGCAGAAUCGGGGAGAAGAGGAGUGGGUGCGGGGUGAACGCUUGGAGGGGGACUGCGGGCGACCGGGCCGGCUCCGAGGAAGAUGGCUGAGGGCGAGCGGCAGCCGCCGCCAGAGUCUUCAGAGGAGACCCCUCCGGCCAUGCAGAGCUUUGUCAUUCCCAAAAAGGAGAUCCACACAGUUCCUGACAUGGGCAAGUGGAAGCGCUCCCAGGCCUACGCUGACUACAUCGGGUUCAUCCUCACCCUCAACGAAGGCGUGAAGGGGAAGAAGCUGACCUUCGAGUACCCGGUCUCUGAGGCCAUUGAGAAGCUGCUGGCCCUUCUUGACACUCUGGACCGGUGGAUCAAUGAGACCCCGCCAGUGGACCAGCCCUCUCGCUUUGGGAACAAGGCCUACAGGACCUGGUACGCCAAGCUCGACCAGGAAGCGGAACGCUUGGUGGCCACAGUGGUGCCUACUGACCUGGCAGCAGCAGUGCCUGAGGUGGCCGUCUACCUGAAGGAGUCAGUUGGCAACUCCACACGCAUUGACUAUGGCACAGGGCACGAGGCAGCCUUUGCUGCUUUCCUCUGUUGUCUGUGCAAGAUCGGGGUGCUCCGGGUGGAUGACCAGAUAGCCAUCGUCUUCAAGGUGUUCAACCGGUACCUCGAGGUGAUGCGGAAACUCCAGAAAACCUACCGCAUGGAGCCAGCUGGCAGCCAGGGCGUGUGGGGCCUGGACGACUUCCAGUUUCUGCCCUUCAUCUGGGGCAGCUCGCAGCUGAUAGACCACCCGUUCCUGGAGCCCAGGCACUUUGUGGACGAGAAGGCCGUGAACGAGAACCACGAGGACUACAUGUUCCUGGAGUGCAUCCUCUUCAUCACCGAGAUGAAGACGGGCCCGUUUGCUGAGCACUCCAACCAGCUGUGGAACAUCAGUGCGGUCCCUUCCUGGUCCAAAGUGAACCAGGGCCUCAUCCGCAUGUACAAGGCUGAGUGCCUGGAGAAGUUCCCGGUGAUCCAGCACUUCAAGUUCGGGAGCCUGCUGCCCAUCCACCCCGUCACCGCCCGCUAGGAGGGAGCUAGUGCGGGUGGGCCGCCUCGGGUCCCCCUCCCCACCCCCUCCCUCUGUUCUUUCUGUUUGGUGAGAGGCUGUUUGCUGGGGUAGGGCUGAGGUAGGAGCAAGGAGGACCAAAGUGUGGCCCGUUUGCUGAGCUUGCCCGUGGCGGGCAGUCAGGAAGAGGGGGCCUGCGACCAGGCUGUGGGCCC